AGGUCACCACAGAGAAGGAAGAAGCACAGAUCUACACCGAACUCCCAAGGAGAAGGAGCGAGAGAGAUACGCAACAGGGGGGAGUGAAGGAGAGAGAAUUCAGGGGAGGACGAAAACAUCAUCAUGGUUUCAAUCACAGAGACUCAGAAGAUUGGUGUUGGUCUCACAGGCUUCGGCCUCUUCUUUCUGCUCUUUGGCGUGCUGCUGUACUUUGACUCUGUCUUACUGGCAUUUGGGAAUGUUCUGUUUCUGGCUGGCCUGGCGUUUAUCAUUGGCCCGAGAAGGACGGCAGGGUUCUUCUUCCAGAGACAGAAGCUCAGAGGCUCCACCUUCUUCCUCGGUGGCGUGGCCUUGGUGCUGUUCCGCUGGCCAAUCAUCGGCAUGGCUGUGGAGAGCUACGGCUUCGUGCUCCUGUUCAGGUCAUUCUUCCCUGUGGCGUCUGGAUUCAUUUUAUCGUUGGUUAAUAUCCCCUAUCUCAAUAUGGGAAACAGCUCCUCGAUGGUCUGAGAGAAUAGAAAGGUAGGGGAAGCUCUCUCUACAUUUCUCUCUCUCACUAUCUCUAUGCUUUCCCUUUCUUAUGUCCGUUACACAACAACUUCCUAGGAAGUAGCCCUUCCAUGGUCUGAGGAAAGAGAAUGAGAGUGGAAGAGUUGAAUAGAGGCUGCAAAGAAGAGAGGAGGAAUGAAAGUGAUGGAUUCAAAAAAGGAAAAGCUUAUGGGCUAAGACUGGCUACAACCUUUGACAGAGACUGACAGAGAAGUGGUGGAGACGAGGUAGCUAAGAGCCUUGUCCGUCAACAAGUAUUAACCAAUGGACUUGAACUAUUCUUCUUAAAACGUUUAUAUUAAAAUGAUCUACCAGAGAAACCAUGUGUGGCAAUGAGUGUUUGCCAUUCCACUAAUGUAUUUAUAAUAAAACCAUGUUUUUGAUCUA